UGGUACUUCUCGUUUUAAGACUUGAUCAAAGAAUACAAUGGAAUUGGUUUAUAGUGUUUAUACCAAUGUGGUUAUACGAUAACAUAUUACUUAUUUAUAUCAUUUUUAAUAUGAUCUCUUAUUGUAAAAACGGAAGAGUCAGUAGUUUACGUAGAGAAACAUGGUAUAUGACAGCCGUACUUAUGAAGUUAAGCGCACAAAUUUUAAUUUGUUUGAAAUUAGAAGUACCAUAUUGGUUUUUACCUGCCAAAGUUGUUUUAGCCCCAUUCUGGUUGCUUCUACCAAUUUUAGCGGUGGACGUUUUCAUUCAUUUAAUUAAACACUGUAGAUACUGACAAUAACCAGAAUUUAAGUUUUUCUUGGACAUUUAAUAAAAUGUGGCCAUGCGAAUAUUUUUACUUUUCUAUUUAACCAUGGUUUUCCAUAGAAAAGGUAUUGCUAGAGCUACAGUUACAGUGAAAGAAAUUAUGGCUGGUCAUUUAGCUGAACUUCCAUGUUUAAGUAGUGAUGAUCAACAUCGAUUCAUGUUUUGGCAACUUACCGAUGAUAGACAUGUAAUUGGUCCUGGAAAUCCUUUAGAUGUUAAUAAGUACAAUUAUGAAGUGUUAACGGGGACACUUUAUAUUAGGGGAGUAUCGACUGCUGAAUCUGGUUUUUAUAAAUGUAUUUCAAAGGGUAUACACGAUCAUUCUGCUGUUAAUGUUCAUAUUGUUGAAUUAAUAGUUAAGAAAAAUUGGGAAGAUGUUUGGGAAAACGAUUUUGAGGCAAAUUUGCUAAGAGGAAUGGCUGCUACGAUGGUAGUAGUUGUAGCUGUUGCUGUUAUCCUUCUUAUUAUAAUUAUCAAACGGAAGAGGAGUCAUGGAUUCUUUGAUUUGGAUGAAUCAAGAGAAAAUUCACCAGCAAGAUUUAGAGGAAACAUUAUAAAUACAGCACCUGCCAUACCCACUCAAGAAGUUGAUGAUGGCGGAAUUGAAAAUCCUCUUGAUAUUGACUUUCCCAAAGUAUUUAACCAAAUGCAAAAGAAUCAAGGAUUACCAUAAGGAUUUAUGGAACCCUAUAUGUGUUUCUUAAACAUUAGAAAAAAAAAAGAAAAAAGAAAAAAAAAAUAAAACUUUCAUAAAAAGGGGAAAGCAAAGGGGAAGAAACUUAAAGCAAUUUUAUGUCAGUAUCAAAUUGUGAUACCUAUGAUGAAUAUAGAGAAAUUAUAAUUUAUAUAUAAAUUGUGAUAGAACUUGUGCAAUCCAAAAAGAAAAACAAAA